UCUCUUUCUAUCUUUCUCACAACCUCAUCAAAACCAACCAAAAGAAAAGAAAAAAAAGAUAGAGGAGAGAGCAAAUUCUCAGUCUCUUCUAAUGGCUGCCUAUGGAAGCUUUCACCGAAUAUUCGAGAACCCAAGACAAAACAACUCUCCAAGGUCACUUCUUGAUACUCUCUCCUCUACUUCACCUUGGAACCCAAGCAAAGGGCUCCACGUCACCACCACCGACCUAGACAACGAAACGCCGCCUCCGUUUACGGAGAUAUUCGGCGAGCUUCAUUUCAGGGAGACAUCCCAUUCUUCCUACGAGAAAACCUCAGCCGCCGAGACCAGCAGCCUACAGCUUUGUACUGAAGGUCUAGGGUCAGAGAGCUACUACGACUUGGAAGACGAGAAAGUCAACGUUAAUGACGAAGACGGUGUUGAAGUGAAAGUUAAAGAUGAUGGAAGCAGCAACGAUGAAUUAGAAGAGUGGGAACCAAGAAGAAAGGAACGGAGAGAGUAUCCUCCGGCGAUGAAUAGGAUGAGCUUCAAGACGUAUAGGAAAGAAGGAAGGCUUGUCUUGGAAGAAGUUAGGAUUCCAAGGAGAGAGUUUCUAAGAGCCAGCCGUAAAGAUGGUCGACUCAGGUUGAAGUUGGUUCAGCCUGAGGACGACGACCAUGACGACGAAGAGGAAGAAAAUGAGAAAGAUCAUAAGCAUGUCGACGAAGAGCAAUAAAUUUUGCAAUUUCACAUAAUAAUUUUAUACCUAAAUUAUUCCGCAAGAUCAAAAUGUAAAAGCUUCUUUAAAUUUAUGCGGUUUUCUAGUUAAAUCAUGCUUUUGUUGCUCAA